CCCCCGCCCCCGCCCCCGCCCGCCCCCCUCCCCCUCGCCACCCGACGACGCGGCGACGGAGGGCUCGAUGUCGUUCCACUACCCGGACCACGGGCUCGCGAUGGACGCGGCGGCGGCCGCCGCGGCCGCUGCCUCGUCGCCAAACCCUAGCUUCUCCCCCGGCGGCGGCGGCGGGGAGAGGGAGAAGGCGGCCAUCGCGGCCCACCCGCUGUACGAGCGGCUCCUGGAGGCCCACGUCGCCUGCCUCCGCGUCGCCACCCCCGUCGACCAGCUCCCCCGCAUCGACGCGCAGAUCGCGGCCCGCCCGCCCCCGCUCGCCGCCGCCGCCGCCGCGGGCGGGCCCUCCGGAGGCGAGGAGCUCGACCUCUUCAUGACACAUUAUGUAUUGCUUCUCUGUUCAUUUAAAGAACAACUCCAGCAGCAUGUACGUGUUCAUGCAAUGGAAGCAGUGAUGGGUUGUUGGGAGCUUGAACAAUCCUUACAAAGUCUAACAGGGGCAUCUCCUGGUGAAGGCACUGGGGCGACUAUGUCUGAUGAUGAAGAUAACCAAGUGGAUAGUGAGACCAACAUGUUUGAUGGAAGCGAUGGAUCAGAUGGUAUGGGCUUUGGUCCCCUGAUAUUGACUGAGGGUGAACGGUCUUUGAUUGAACGUGUUCGACAUGAGCUGAAGAGUGAGCUUAAACAGGGGUACAAAGAAAAGCUGGUUGAUAUCAGGGAGGAGAUCAUGCGCAAGAGGAGAGCUGGUAAACUUCCCGGGGAUACUGCAGCUACAUUGAAAGCCUGGUGGCAAGCUCAUUCCAAGUGGCCGUACCCUACCGAAGACGACAAGGCUCGCCUGGUGCAGGAGACGGGGUUACAACUGAAGCAGAUUAACAAUUGGUUCAUCAACCAACGCAAAAGGAACUGGCACAGCAGCAACACAGCUUCCUCUAGCGAAAAGACCAAGAAGAAAAGAAACGUUACAGGUAAUGACGGCACGGAGCAAUCGUGGUAGACCGGGUCCCAGAUGAAACAAACUAGAUGUAAACUAUACUUUUAUCAUGAAGAUUGCUGCAGUAUAUCCUCUCCCUCUCUCUCCUCUUUCUUUCUGGUGGGGCAACUAGAUACGAAGACGACCCGUUCGCAAGCAAGUUCAAAGGCAAAGAAGGUAUCAAUAAUAGUUGACCAAAGGUGGUAGCGACUCCGGACGUACAGUGUGAGUGUUUUGCUAAUGUAAUUUGUGUAAGCCUGUGUUGUAUAACCGAGGAACGGAAGGGAGCAUUGUGCUGGUGUAUGUACUUGUAUAUUCGAUUCAUCUUGUAACAUUAUGUUAGACAAACACGGAUGGGGUGUUCUGUUGGUGUGAUGUACGGUGUGGCAUGGUCUGGAACGAAACCGUUUUGUUUGGGAUGUAUUGGAAGUGUGGAAGGCUAAGUUAUGCAGUAGUAUUUGUAAGCUCAUAUAUACGGAUGAUAACUUGCACGACUAAGUUAUGCAGUAGUAUUUGUAAGCUCA